UGUCCAACCACUUCACACGUCAAAGUUCUUUCGUAAAUCGUGUUUGAAUUUUGUCCGUUUCAAAAUGCCGAAACGAAAAAUCGAUAAUCUUGAAGUUAUUGUCAACAAGUUACGUAAGUUGGAAAAAGAAGUGAAACGAUCGCGUAGAUAUCGAAGGUCGUCGUCUUCGUCAUCGGAACCAAGCAGUCGAUCCAGCUCAUCGUCACCUUCUUCUAGGGCACCGUCACCGGCUAUGGAUAACCAAGAAUUUUUUCCUGGUCGUUACUUAGAUUAUAAUACUGUUCCAGGCCAGGAACCAGUUAUAAACCCUGAAGUAGAUACGAUUAAUCUGGAACCUGAAUCCACCCCUCCCAAUGAAACUACGGCGGGUUUGUCUGAUAUUUUGGGUGAAGACCCGACGGCCACUGCCGAAUAUGGACCGGAUAUUAAUACAGAUCUGGCAGCUAGAUUAGCCCACAUAGCAACAUCAGGGCUGAAUAAAGAUACCCGCAUUGAUUUAUUGAAAAAGUUUUUAGUACCAGCAAAUUGUGAAAAUAUUUCUGCACCAAAGCUGAACGUAGAAAUAAAGGCUGCUAUUCCCGAAACAGCAACCAAAAGAGACAAGUGUAUCGAAUCUCGCCAAAAGAUAAUUGCUGCUGGUAUUACAGCGCUAGGUGGCGUUAUAUCAAGACAACUCGAGUCGAAAAAUAAGGAUAACGAAUUGAUCAAAGAUCUGAUGGAUGUCGCUAGACUUCUCUGUGAUAUACAACACGCUGAAUCAGAAACCAGACGAAACUUUGCCCUGUACUCAGUGAAAAAGGAGCUAAAAGACCAGUUAGCUCUAACGAAAAUAGACAAAUGUCUUUUUGGAAGUGAUUUUGCAGAAACGCUAAAAACUGCAAAAGCAGUUUCAAAGUCCAGCACGGAUUUAAAAAGAGACUUCCCAAAAAAGUCGCCACCUGCAGCCAAUGCUUAUAAGAAGGAUUUAAACUGGAAGCCGCGGACCGGGGCUCGCAGACAGCAGCCGGUCACUCAAACGCGCCCCCAGUCGUCUGCAGCGCCGAGCGCCACGCCGCGCGGGAGCUCAUCGCGGAACUACACGCAACGUCGACGUCAUCACAAGCAGAAUCGCCGGGACUAG